AUGGCGGGGAAGGGAAUUGACUACAGGCUAAGGGACGAGAACGUGGGAGUAAGGAAGGCGCAGACCGCCCCCAUCCAGGGCGCCUGUGUGCAGUUCUCCCUGGCGGACAUGUUAACCGCGACAAACCACUGGGCACCGCAGUGUCUCGUGGGCGACGGGUACCGCCUCAUGUACAAGGGCGUGGACCCGCGGGACGGCGUCACCAUGUGGCUCUUGAAGAUCUGUCGCGCCCGCGAGUUUGAAGAGUUUCAGGCAGAGGUGGCGAGGAUGGGCAACAAGAACCACCCCACUGUAGUAGAAGCACUGGACGACCCCUUUCCUCCCCCUUCCCCCCGCGUGCCCCGUGCCUUCCCCCCGCUUGCGCCUUGCCGUCCCCCAGGUGGCGGAGAUGGGCAGCAAGAACCACCUCACCUCCCUGUAGUAAAAGCACUGGACGACCCCUUCCCUCCCUCUCCCCCCCGCUUGCGCCUUGCCUUCCCCCAGGUGGCGGAGAUGGGAAACAAGAACCACCCCAACUUGCCGCCCCCCACCCCUGGCUUGCCUUGCCUUCCCCCAGGUGGCGGAGAUGGGCAACAAGAACCACCCCAACCUCGUGCGCCUGCUCCUCUUGCCCUCUCCCUCCCUGAAUCCCCUCCCAGCCGCCCCCCACCCCUGGCUUGCCUUGCCUUCCCCCAGGUGGCGGAGAUGGGCAACAAGAACCAUCCCAACCUGGUGCGGCUGCUGGGGUACUGUGAUGAGCGAGACAAGCAGGGGCGGUGGGAGAAGGUGGUGGUGUAUGAGUUCAUGACAGCUGGCAGCUUUCACGACAUGUUUCAACCGGGUGGGUCUCCCUGCCCUUGGCCUCCUAUUUGCCCACCGCACGCGUUCUAUUCAGUAACGUUGGCCACCCCGCCCGCCCCGCACGUCACUGCACCACACUUGCCCAACACAACACCACGGCAGGCAAAGAUUGCGGGGUUUGACUAUGUGACGACGCGCAGGGCUGCAGCGAGUGGCGAGCAGCACGCGGUGUUGGGCGUGCGUGGGUACGUGGACCCACACCUGCUGCUCACCCAGGAGCACACACCCACCAACGACCUCUACAGGUACGUGAGGUCCCACGGGACCUCACUCACGGGGAAGAGCAGCAAGGUUUCUGAGUCGACUCAAAAGCGGUGGUGGGCGUGCGGGGGACCCGACCCGUGGGACCUCACAUACCAGCUCGCGGUGUUGGGCGUGCGUGGGUACGUGGACCCGCACCUGCUGCUCACCCAGGAGCACACACCCACCAAUGACCUCUACAGUGCCAUGCUCCGCUCUCAACUCUUGGAGAGUCUGCACUACCCCAUAUACUCCUUCAUUUUCCCUCCCUCCCUGCUCGCUCCCCUGCGUGCCGCUCCUCUCCUCCCCCUCGUCCCACCCAUCCCCUUCGUCCCACCCAUCCCCUUCGUCCCGCCCAUCCCCUUCGUCCCACCCAUCCCCUUCCUCCCACCCAUCUUCUUCCUCCCACCCAUCCCCUUCCUCCCACCCAUCCCCUUCCUCCCACCCAUCCCCUUCCUCCCACCUGUCCCCUUCUUCCCACCCGUCCCCUUCUUCCCACCCGUCCCUGCUCCCCCCCCUUCGCCCGCUGCCACCAGUCUGGGAGUGGUGCUGCUGCAGCUGCUGUCAGGCCGCAUUUCCGACGCUUCAGGGAAGGCCAUGCCAGAGCUUUUCAGAGAGGCUGUGAGUGCGAGAGGAGCAUUGGGGGGGGGGGGGCAGGUCUUCCUUUCGUUCACCGCUAUGGUAAGGCACCGCUAUGGUAAGGCACCGCUAUGUCUGGUGCGGCUGGCUCGUCUCGGGCUUGCAUGCACCGCCAUGCCGGCCUCCUCCCGGCCCUCCUUGGGACGAGUCGUUGCUGAGCUGGAGAUAGUGCGUGAUGACGUGGCAGCAGCACUGAGGCAGAUGGAGGAAGAGGGGGAGAAUCACAAAGGGGACUUGCAGGGAGGAGGGAGGGGUGUCGUGGCAGGCAAUAGGGGAAAUGAGCAUUUGGACUCGUGGGACAAUCUUUCCCACACUGUCCCUGCCUCCUCCUCAUCUCCCAAUCCUUCCAUCCCUCCUUCGCAGCUUCCUCCCCCUCCUCCUGUGGUCGCCCCCUCCUCCUCCGCCCUCCCCCCAGUGCUGCUGCUGUGCCAGCAGGUGGGCAUGGCGGACGUGCUGCGGGCGACAGGAGGGUGGGCGGAGGAGAGGCGCAUAGGCAGCGGCGGGUAUGGCGACGUGUACCGAGGAGUCCCUCCACCUUCAUGCCCCCCUAUUCUACCCCCCACCCUCCUCAACUUGUUCCCCCAUCCUACCCUAUCACUCCCUCCCUGCCUCGCUCCGUUGGCGGGGUGUCAAAUUAACAAGAUGGCAUCGAAGCACCACCCCAACCUGAUCAACGAGAUGGCAUCAAAGCACCACCCGAACCUGGUGCGGCUGCUGAGGCUCUGCAUUGAGAUCAACGAGAUGGCAUCGAGGCACCACCCCAACCUGGUGCGGCUGCUGGGGUUCUGCAUGGACUAUGAUGCAGCAGCGGAGCGCAUGGAGAAGAUCGCCAUCUAUAAGUUCAUGCCCCAUGGGGACCUGUACCGCCGCAUGCAUGGGGAUGCCACAGGUAAUAUACCCCCCCUGACCCUGCAGCAGCGGCUGGACAUUCUGAUAGGAGUGGCGCGCACGCUGGACUUCGGAGUGCUCAUGAUGGAGCUACUGACCGGCAAGCAUGUCGUGCUGCUAUGUGAAAAUGGAUCACAAAUCAACAUCAAGGACUGGGUGGAGCAGGAGGUGGGGAAAGGGGACAGUGCGUCUGCUGUCAACGGGGGAUCUCAAUGA